CAUCAGCGGAUUAUACGCCCAAAGGAAACCAUGCUCAAGUUUGUCGUUCUUGUAACAAUGGCUGUCACCAGCCAGGCAGUUUACAUUGCUCACAACGGUUAUAACGAUUAUGGAUACGGGUAUGACGGGCACGCUCUCACCGAUGCGACAAUUGUGGAGCCCGCAGUCAGUCAAGUGGCUUACGGAGUGAAUCCUCACGUUUAUGGAGCUUACGGAGCUUACCCAGCUUAUGGAUCCUACCAUCACGGACAUGAUCACCAUGAUCACCACGCACCCGCCAAGUACGCAUUCAAUUACGGAGUAAACGAUCCUCAUACCGGUGAUGUCAAGAGCCAACACGAGGAGCGUGAUGGAGACGUUGUGAAAGGAUCAUACAGCCUAAACGAGCCUGACGGCACAAUUCGCGUUGUUGAUUACACAGCUGAUCCGCACAAUGGAUUCAACGCUGUUGUUAAGAAAAUCGGUCAUGCUGUUCAUCCAGCCCCCAUUGUGAAGCACAUUGUGCCCCAUUACCCAGCCCAUCAACAUCUCAGCCACGAUUACGGAUACUAAAAGUUAUUUCCCGUAACUUUACCUUUUUUACGAUUUGUACAUGAAUGACGAACUGUGUGAUACUGCCUUUAUGGGAAUAAAAUCAGUUAUUGAAUAUGGAAA